ACCCCCUACCAUUAUUCUCCACCUAAGGCGAGAGGUGGGGACUGGGAGACACUGGUCACAGCUGUCGCAUGAUCCCAGAGCCUCAUACAUUUCCCUGCUGCCAGGAACAGGACUCCGCAGCAGCAGAGGGAGACUGAAAGCUGCCAACAUGGUGUGUGGAGGCUUCACCUGCUCCAAGAACUCCCUGUGCGUCCUGAACCUGCUGUAUAUUAUGGUCAGUCUCCUGCUGAUUGGGGUCGCAGCUUGGGGAAUCGGAUUCGGUCUAAUUUCCAGUCUCCGCGUGGUUGGUGUUGCAGUUGCCGUGGGGAUCCUGUUGUUCCUGAUCGCCCUCGUUGGUCUAAUUGGAGCAAUUAGGCACCAUCAGGUGUUGCUGUUCUUUUAUAUGAUAAUCCUGUUUAUGGUGUUUGUUGUCCAGUUCUCUGUGUCCUGCGCCUCCCUGGCAUUGAACAAAGAGCAGCAGAAUGAGCUCCUGGAAGUUGGGUGGAACCACACGGCAACCGCAAGGUCGGACAUUGAGAAAAACUUCAACUGCUGCGGGUUCCUGGUCUUUGAUAAGAAUGAACCAUGUGAUGCGGUUUGUUAUGGGUCUCCUACUCCUUGUAAGACGUGUGGAUCCAUCAUAGAGGACCAUGCAGAGGAGGUGCUGAAGGUAGUGGGCGGAAUUGGAUUCUUCUUCAGUUUCACUGAGAUACUUGGCGUCUGGUUGACUUACAGAUACAGAAACCAGAAGGACCCGCGGGCCAACCCAAGUGCGUUUCUUUGAUAGAAAACCAUUUUCUGAGACUGUUAUCUCUUCGUUGACCUACUGACCCCUCUGCGGCUGUCCUGAUUGCUGUGGUUGAUUUGUUUGAAGAACACAACUUCAACUAAUAAGACUUUUUUUUCUCUUUCUCUCUUAAAAGGGACAUAAGGAAGCACCACUAUUCAAGUUGAAAGUGUGGACUAGAGCGUAACAAUGUAAUAAGUAAAGUAAAAUAAUAAUGAAAAUCCAAUUAAGCCUCUGUAACCAAAUGACUACUAAAAUGUGGCUAAAUAGGACACCAAAUCACGUAUUAUACGUCCAUAGAUUUUAGAUGUCCCCUAAGUAUCAUAUGGUUUAUAUGCUCCUGAUAGUCCUGUAGGUCUUGGGGUGAGUCCCAAUGUCCAGCUGACUGAAUUGGCCGGUAAGUGGCACUAAGGGUGGGUGGGUGUAUAAAUGUUCAACAGCUGCUGUUUAUGAAUCUAGCGACUGUUAUACAUUUCGUUCAUUGGUAUAUUCUUAUUUCAUAAUGUAUCACUGUAAGGCUUAUUUAAUGAACAUUUUUGCUCGACGUCAAGUCCAGUAUUUGCUCAGCGACUGAUGUUUGCUUUAUACUGUCGUUUGGGUUGUUGCAGAAACACGGAGUGCACUUGGCAUUCCGGUUCUAUCACUCCUCCUUUUUCUAUCUUUUUUUUUUUUUUUUCUUUUUUCUUUUCAUACCUUUUGUUUACUCAAAUGGAGCUCCCUCUAUCACACUGCGCUGUAUUACUGCCUGAAGAUUAUAUGAUCAGAGACUUCUGCUGGGACUACUGGUGUUCGUGACUUCAGCGGCAGGAACCGGUUCCAUGGUACUCCCUUACGGUUUCAUUACAUUUCAUUUUACGGACGCAUCGUGCAUAAAUUAACAAAAGAAUGCGAUCCACAUGCGCUGUGUAUUACAGUGACUGGGACCACUGCUCCUGCACAUGGUGGUGUGAUACUGCAGAUAUGGGAACAGCUAAUCCUGUGAACGUUGUGGCACUUUGCACAACACUCAUUAAACAAAUCACGUCGCAUAGAUCCUCAACAUCUGCAGCCAACUUUUUAAAAUUGAAUAGGGGUGCUAUUGUUAAUCCUUUCCUCCCAUGAGACUGGAAUUAUUUAGGCGGUGGCAACACAUAUUGGGCCGUUCCAGCAGCCCAUAGCCACACCUACUAUAAACCUAGGACCACCCACUUUUGCAAACCCUGACCUUCUUUUUUUUUUUUCCCUCAAUAAUCAUUAGCCCCUGUGUCUUAGGGUGGACCAGCCCGUUGAGGGCACAGCGAGGGGAGCAAAAGUUAUUUUGCUUAACACAGACACUUUCCAACAGGACUACAUGUCCACCCAACCAAAUUGCUAUUACCGGGCUCGCAGUAUAGGGUCAACAUUCAUGUUUAUAUACUUUAUACCCUGAGUUUAAAAAAAAUCUGUAGAGAAAAAUAAUACUUGAAAACAAAUACUGCUACUUUGGAAGCGUGUGUCCUCACCGGUACCAGAUCUGUGUCUGUGGUAGGUUUUCCGAAACUCGGAAACUAGAAUAAUAUGUAUUUUUUUUUUAAUGUUCAUUUGUUUUCAAUGGAUUGUAACAACAAAACCUGCAGCAACUUUUAGGGCUUGCACCCACAGACAAUCCCCCGUGGGCUGUGCUUUGUUCUUUUUCCUUGGCAGUCAAUGGCACCUAAGGGAGGGCUAUGGGGCAGUACCCCAAUGCACACAGACAUUUGGAGAAGGGGGGGCGCACAAUGCCUUCAGUGAACAGUUACUGUUAAUCUUCACUACUGCUAACUCCGGCCGCCUUCUGUAGUCAUCGGCAAGAUUUUAUAUGGUUAAAUAUUGAUUUAUGUUGUUUUUUUGUUUAUUUCAAUGUAUUUCAGUUCUGGAACUUAUUACUGGGGCUUUUCUGUCCUGUCUUAAUGCUGUGAAUACAGGUUGUUUUGUUCAGAUACAGAAUUGAUCUCAAUUUGCACUGGAGUAAUGAUUGAUAAAUAUAAAAACCCUGGAAGAACCAA